GGGAUGAGAAAGAAGAAGUCCUCUUGAACCAAAGAUCUGUUCAUUAUGGCCAUUCUAUCUCGCCCCGUCAAUCAAGUAUUCGUCAACUUCCGGGGAAAGGAUAUUCGCCACGGCUUCGUCAGUCACCUUAAAGUUGCCUUGAAACGAAAAAAUAUCAACUUCUUCAUAGAUACACAUGAACAAAAGGGAAGAGACCUGAACCACCUCUUUAAACGGAUCGAAGAGGCCACGAUCGCGCUGGUCAUCUUAUCCCCAAGGUAUGGGGAAUCAAAAUGGUGUUUGGAAGAGCUGACAACAAUCAUGGACCAAGUAGAAAAAGGAAAAAUGAUUGUUAUCCCAAUCUUCUAUAAAGUGAGAACGGAAGACGUGGAGAAACAAACGGGAGUGUUCGGCGAUAAGUUUUGGAGUUGCGAUGAAGAAGCAAGUCUUGAAGAGAUGGAGAAAUGGCAUGUGGCUUUGAAGGCUGUGUGCAACAAGGUUGGCCUCACGUUGGAUCGCAAAAGAUACGAGGCCAAAUUUAUCAAGAAGGUUGUGAAGGCGGUUGAGGAAGUUUUAACCACCAUUCAAUCUGAUGAAGCAAAAGAAGGCAAUUGUGUGGAGAAUGUUGAAACAUUUAACGUUCCACUGACUCUGCCUUGGUCAUGGUUUAGCUCGGCGGUUGAGCUGAUUGGUGCAGUGCUAGGCUUAGUCGCUGAGACUGUUCAAGCUGAUGAAGGAAGAGAAGAUGAUUUUGUGAAGAAAGUGAAAACAUUUAAUGUUCCACUGGCUCUGCCAUGGUUAUGGUUUGGUUCGGUGGUUGAGAUGAUUGGUGCAGUGCUCGGCAUCAUUGUAACUGUUCGUUUUGAAGAAGGAAAAGAAGAUGAUUGUGUGAAGAAAGUGAAAACAUUUAACGUUCCACUGGCUAUGCCAUGGAUAUGGUUUGGUUCGGCUGUUGAGCUGGUUGGUGCAGUGCUCGGCUUACUAAAUGAAACUGUUCACAAGUGUGCCUCACCAGCCAUGGUUAUUCUUGCUAGUCAGGUUGGCUCUGUUGUGGCUAUUUCGAGCCGUUGGGCGGAUAAGUCCGUCUGAGCGAGCUUUUGUUUCGAUUUGGUCUCUUUGUUUUUUGUGGCUUCAAUUGCUAAUGGAAAUAAAUAAAAUUUGCUUCAGUUUCUUGAUAUAGUUUAAUGGAAACACAAGAAGGAAUAACCAUGAAUAGAUUUC